CAGUUCAGCAAUGCAUGCUAACGAUUCGGUAAUGUAGCAAGUUUUACUACAAUUUUCACAUGAAGAGUGACUGAAAUACUGUUUCUAUUGUUCUAUGGAUGGAUUUCGAAGAAAGAAGUGAGGUUUUACGUUGAUAUUUUGUGCGAAAACGAUUUUUGAGACUCGUUGAAGUUGGAAACCCUUCGUUUUUCGACGAAGAAGCGAGAACAGUGUAUCGUUGAAUGAUUCUUCGAAAAGCUUUGCGAAAAUCGUUCGAUUUGAAGUUUUUUCUGGAAGUUUUUGCUGCGAUUUUGGUGAGAGAAUAGAGGAACGGGAGGAAGAAUGGAGAGAAGGCGGGACGGUUGUCGCGGUCACGUCUGCAAUUCAAAUUGUCAGAAGGAGAGAAGGCGUGAUUACCUUUUUGCCCCCGCGUGUAUUUAAUUGCCAUGAUCUGACGGUUGGGAAGAUGGCGCGAUGGACGGUCAGAUGGACGGUUACUGACCGUUACUGAUAGGUCGGUUACUGAUAGGAUCCGGACCCGAGAAAACCCUCGACGGACAAUGGAGUUUAAGCCCCAACGUGAGGAGAGGAAGAUGAAAGGGGUAUAGAGAUCGGGUGGGCUGAGUCAGGUAUGGUUGGGAUUAAUUCGGUCGAUGUUUCUUUUAUCACUCUCGAAUUAUCAUAGAGCGGUACUACAAAAAGACGAGUGUUUCAUUAAUUUUUUAUUAAUAUUUUUGUGACAUGGCAUGCUGACGGAAAAUAAUAAAUGGAUUUUUGGAUGGAGAUGGACAUAAUGAUUGUUAUUCGUCCAAACAUAUUAUAUUAAUUGUGCAAAAUUAAAUUUUAGUGAUCGUUUUGUACUAAGCGAUAAGUUGUGUGACCGUUUAUAAUAACUAACUGCAGAAGGAGCAUCCUCCCCUUGAGCAUACUUGUCAAUCGGAAGAUUCUCAAGCUGCUGAUCGAUUGCCGCAGGCAACAAAUGCGGAUGAGAUUGCAGAAACUGCGCCAGGAACUGACCCAAUGUUUCGCUGUGGUAGUAGGUUGGGGAAUCGAAAGGAAGAAGAGCAUAUGGAUAUUGAAGUAUUGUACUGUCGGAUGAGCUCCGACCUUCUCCAAGAGAAGCGGUCGCAGACGUUGGCCGACAUCGCCACCAACACCUUGCUCAUCGUAUGCAUAAGUUGUUUUGUCAUAAACCAAAUGGUCCCAAGCUUUAAGACAACUGUUAAUAUUGGGGUCGUGAAGCACGUGACCUCAAGGACAAACGAUCUUUGAUAUCAUGUCAUAAACCAACUGGUCCUAAAAACUCGAGUUAUUGGGACCAGUUGGUUUAUGACAAGUUUCCCUUGUUUGUAUGAUUCUCUUGUCCCAUCCCUAUUUUAAGUGGUUAUCGCUACACGAGAGUUGGCCCAUGUUGCAUAAAAGCCCGAUAACUACGUGGCAGAAUAUUUUAGUGUUUAUGAAAAUUAAACUACAAACAAGUCUCAGUCCUGAGUUUUGAUUAAGCUCGGCUCGAGUUCGAUUGCAAUGCUUGAGCUCGAGCAUGGCUCAAACUUGAUAUGAGUUAUAAUAAUAAAAGCUCGAGCUCGACUGGACAUAAAGUCUUCAAGUUCGAGCUCGAUUUGAGUUUGAAAAUAGCCCGUGAACAAUACUAAUAGACUCAACUCGUAAAUAAACCUCGAGCUCGACUCGAAUUUCCUUCCAGCAAAAUAUAACCUUGUAAACCCUAAAAUCUCUUUACAAAUUACAAUCAUCCAUAACCUGAUUACCUGUGUCUUCAAAAUAAAAAUUUCUGUUUUAAAUCAAGUUACAAUCAUGAAAAUUGGAGCAAAACUACAUUACAUCACUUACCUUGUAUGUCUUCAAAAGUUCACAUUUCCACGUAGGGGUGGCAGUUCGGUUAUUUUGGUUAUAACUGGUAACCGAUUGGCCGGUUAUCGGUUAACCGAAAUAACCACUCCCCCUACCAAAAACCGCCCAAAAUAGGCUUCGGUGCUCGAUUAUCUCGGUUAUCGGUUAACUGAACCACUUUUAAGACCAAAAACCAUUUCGUCCAGCCUCCGAUAACCGACCGAAAUUUGGUUACCGAUUAGUGGAUAACCGACCGGUUAUCGGUUUAACCGGUCGGUUAACCGGUAACCGAUAACCGAACAACCACCCCUAUUUCCACGUUGCAAAUCCUUUAUAAAAAAGAACUUCAUAGCUCCAACAAAGGGACAAAGAAAAAUAUAUCAUCUUCCUAUCUGAUCAUUCACGUUUGUUAAUUGAAACUUUGCACGCGUGUACCAGAUGAUGGGUAAUUACUAGGGACGGCAAUGGGGCGGGUUUGCCUAAACCAUCCCCAUCCCCAUCUUCAAAUACCCGAACCCAUACCCGUCCCAUACCCAUGCGGGGGAAUGUUUUGCAAACCCAUCCCCAUACCCGUGGGUUUUGGGUACCCAUGGGUAAUACCCAUCCCCGUACAUCCAACAUUAUUAUACCUAAAACUUACAAGAAAAGUUUUAAUUAUAACCAUAAACAAACCUAUUAUAUCAUGAAGUCAACAAAACACGGUCAUUUUCUAAAUACGAUUCAAAGAAUAUGAUCCUAAAACAUCCAUUAAUACAUAAUAUAGACUACAAUAUUUUUUAAAUUAUCAUGCUCUAACCCUUGAUACAUUUACUAAGUAAUAAUUAACUAACAUUAUCUUGUUGACAAGGGGGAAAAUGAAAGAGUGGAAGGAGAAUUGAGGGAAAUGAAUUAGGUUUUGUUUAAGGUGGUUACUCAAUUGCAUUUCUACUAUUUAUUUUCUCGAGUUAUCAUCAUCGUCAUUGAUAGAUUACAAUUUAAUCCACAUAUUUUUUAUAUGUGAAGAAAUUCUCUUGGUGGGGCGGGUAUGGGUAUGGGUAUGGGGCGGGAGAGGCUAAAACCAUACCCGCCCCAUACCCAUCAAACUUUUUGCAGGUUUUACCCAUACCCGCCCCAUACCCGGUCAAAGCGGGGAUUCCCCGCGUUGACUGGGUCGGGGGCGGUCGGGUACCCACGACCAUGGGUUUGAUUGCCAUCCCUAGUAAUUACAUAACUUGUUCUGGAUUCCAAAAGAUGGAGCAAAAUUGUGCUAUAGAAUAAAAAUCAACCCAUAAGAUUCACACUCCCAACACAAAAUAUUACACGGUAUAUCAGUAAUUGACGAUUCAUUUGCUUUAUUGAUUUGAAAAAUGAAAGUUUUGAUUAAAA